AGAGAAAGCAAACAAAUAACAAAAAUAAUUAGUAUUUUCGGAACGAAUCAAAAGAGAAUGGAUUUGUCGGAUUUAGAAUACAGCGAUGCGGGAGAAUCAGGUUGGACAAUGUACUUAGACCAUUCUUGUUCUGUUACAUUGCAUCAUUUUGAUGAUGACAAUGGAGUAACAAAACAAGAACAUGAUGAUGAUUCUUCAAUGGUGUCGGAUGCAUCAUCCGGGCCUCCUUAUUACUCUGAAGAGGCAGUCCCUGAGGAUCCCCUCCAACAAAACACACAAUAUUGGUGCAAGAGCAGAAUCAAGAACAAGAAGAAGGUUCAUGAAGAACAAGGAUAUAUUGAGCGAUUCAAUUCUUGUCUUGAUGACACAGCUUCUUCAUUGGCAACUGGAAAAGAAGUAUCAGCACAUAAGAAACAUCGAGAUCAAUACCAACAAUUAGAUUAUUUCUCCCAAAGCUACUCCACAAGAAGAAUAAUCAAGGGAAAAUAUGAAUCGGGUUUCCUACAACAAGCUUUCCCGGUUGAGAAAUUUGCAUCGGAUCAUCAAGGUUAUGGCGGCAGUAACCAGAUAAAGAGAACAGGAUAAAAAAUGGCGGAUAUUUAUUAUUUUAUUUCAUCUCUUGAACAGAGAACACCUUCUUCCUUUGAGUAUGUUGGCUAUAUAUGUCUUUGAGAAAGCCAUGUCAUUUUUUUCUUGAUAAUGCCCAUACUAUGUUGUUGUUUUUUCACUUUUCUCGAUUUUGCAACUAUCAAGUUAUUUUCCUUAACAA